AAUGAAUAACAAGGAAGGGAUUACAAAGCACAGGACUAAAAAAAGGAGAGGACGCUGACUGAAGACUCUUUCUCUCACUCCCUCCCCCUUCUCUACCCUCCCUAUCAUCCUCCCAACUCUCAGAGGCUCUCCCUCACAGACGAUCUCCUCAGUGAAAGCUGGCAUGAGCAUACUGUCACCCAUCCUCAGCUUGUGGAGUAUUUUUCCUCCUCACUGUUUCUCUUUCUGCCUCCUUUAUUCUUCCUUUUCCUCUGUUUUCUCUGGUUUCUGCUCGGGUUCAGUCAGGAGGUGAAAAGGAGGGGAGAAAGAGGCUGACCUCCCUCCUGCUCCCUUCUCACACCCCCGCAGGGCCUUAAGAGAGCAGGCAGGAGAGCAAGAAGCUGUCUGAUGACUUACACCCACAACAAGCUCCUUAACCCAGCCGACCAAAGCGCCAUCCCCCUGCCCGCCCCCUUCCUACCUCCCUUAACCCAGACUCUUGCUCUCUGAGUCAGUUCAAAAGGGAUCCAGAAGCAUGUUUGGAUUAAAGACUCCACACUUCUACCUCCCAGGUAUGAACCAUGAAUCCAAUAAAUCACCAUCAUUAGGAAUGGUCUCCACGGCAACCCGCACCACGGCUACAGUCAGUCCCCUCAGCCCACUAACCAAUGGGAACGCAGUUACCCAGUCUGCAAAUUCUGGAUUCGCUGCUGCUCUGCGUAAACUGGCCAAACAGGCCGAAGAUCCCAGAGGUUCUACUCUCAGCGGUGAGUCAUCUCCAGUCUCCUCCCCGGCCACCUGCCACAGCUCACCAGUCACCACACCUAAGCGAGGCUCAGUAGGGCCCCUCCUGGGCCAGAACAGGGGUCACGGUGUCCCUAGCACUACUCCAGUGGUCACCAUUGCCCCCACCAAGACCAGUAACGGCUUGUGGAGGGCAGAGGGACGACAGGUUGAGCCGAGCGUUCAGGGGCUCAGCAGGGAGCGAGUGGGAGCUGAGAACAGCCAGCCGCAGCAGGAUAAGAGGACGCCGCCCAUUGUUUCACCUCACCCACUGGCUCACUCCUUCGGCCACACCCCCAGCAGCAUCAUGCAAGACCCCCGGAUACAUAGCAUAAGUUUGCCUGGGCAGAUGCACCCUGUGGUUCCCUCAGGCGCUGUUCCAGAGGAAUAUCUGAGAGCUCUCCGGCCCUUCCCCACCUCAGACGAUCUCAGACUGACCUCUUUGCCCCUGAGUCUCGACCCCGCUGCUGCUGCUGCCCAUGCUGCUGCCGCCGCUGCUUUCUAUCAUCCUGCCUACCUCCAUCAUCCUCUGUCCUUACAAAGGAUGGAGGAAUCCUUGUGUCUUUCUACACUGCGGUCGCAGUUUUACUCUGUGCCUGCAGGAGGUGCCUUCCCUCCUCUUCACCCCUCUGCUCUGCACUUACAUCUACCAGGAGGCCGCUACCCUGGGGAGGUGAACCACACAGCUUUGUCUGAGAGGCUACAGAUGGAGAAUGAGCUCCGCCAGCGUGAAAGGGAGCAGGAGCGUGAACGCGAGAAAGAGAGGGAGCGUGAGGCCGGGAUGGAGCGAGAGCGGGAGGAGGAGCGUGAGAGGGAGCUGGACAGACAGAAGGAGAGGCAGAGGGACAGACAGCAGCAGAUGGUUAGAGCGGCAGAGAGCCACUACCUGGCUGAGCUGCAGGCUCGGAGGGCACUACCAGAGGAGAGGGUCCGACCAGGAGAGAGGCUGACCCCCAACAGGCCUGCAGAUAAAACCAAGGACUCAGACCAGCAGGGUUUCCCAGCACCUAAACCUCCAUCUCUGCAGCCUGGACUCCCCUCCUCAAGGGCCUCUGUCCCGCACCCUGUGCCCAGUCUGUUGCCUUCUCACUUGGGGAAACAUCGUUCUGCGGCCUCUGGGGGGAUCCACGGAGCUCUGGCAGCCGCUAUGAUGACUCAGAGGGCCGGAGAGGAGGCAUGGUUGACACAGCAACGAGUGCAAAGACAAGAGAGGGAAGGUCCAUUGGAGGUUGGCCUCAGGUCUCCUGGGAAAGGUGUGGAGCUGAAGAGGGAGAACCACAGGGCAAAUUCAGUCUAUCAUAACCUAGGCAACAAAGAUGUGCCCCCCUGUCUUGGGGCUCCACCUCCCCUGAUAUCCCCUAAAGAUCCCCAUCACCCUCCUGCCCCACCUGCUACUCUGUGGAACCCAGCUGCCCUUGUUGACACACCAGUGGACGCCCGCAGAAAACUCAACCCUUCUACACCACCUAGCCGACCUCCCCCAGGACUGACUAGAGUGGAUAGACCCCUGAUGAGCUGGGGAGAGAGAAUGGAAGAUGGAGGAAAGAGGACUACAAGAAGCCCAGAGAGAUACCCCUCACUGAGAGGAGGAGGUCUGCAGGAGUCCUGGAAUAAAUCUGAGCAGGACCGAACUAUGCAGAACUUUUACCCCCGGCAUCACAUGAAUAACCUUCACCGACCCUGCGUGCCUCUGUCAGCUCAGAGUGAACAGGGCGGUCGGUGUCAGGCGGCUUCUCCGUCUCCAAUGAGGGAGCGACAGAGGCAGGCACCUGACAACAUGCUGGUUUACGACGAGGUUCUCCAGCAGCACCGUCGGCUGCUCAGUAAACUGGAUCUAGAAGAGAAGAGAAGGAAGGAGGCCAGAGAGGGAGGUUAUUACUAUGACUUGGAUGACUCAUAUGACGAAAGUGAUGAGGAAGAGGUUAAAGCUCAUCUGAGGAGAGUAACAGAACAGCCCCCACUCAAGCUGGACACGUCCUCUGAGAAAGUGGAUUUUCUGCGCUUGUGUGGGCUCACCACAUUGACCCAUCGCGAUGAGAUUCUGGUGCAGAAGAGGAGGAAGAGGAGGAAGAUGAUGGGAGAUCGCAGCGUCUCUCCACCAGCAGUGCAGGGCAAAAAAAAGAUUACUUCACCUUCAACACCUACGGCUCGCCUGACCACCCCGUACACUGCUGAGCAGAUGGACAGCACCCCCGAGCUGGAGGAGAAAAAAGACUUCCUCCUUAUGUUUGACCUCAGCCAUGUCAGCCCACAGCAGAGGAGAGAUAAGGAGCGGGCAGAAGAGCUGCUGAGGGCCAUUCAGAGGAAGACUGUGACAUUAGACACACUCAGAUAUAAUCCUUUGCCACUAUGUGGAAGUCCUACUGCUCCCUCAGCUGGUGACUCCUCCACAGCUUCUGUGCUGUCUCAGUCAAAUGGACAACUGUACCCAGAUUCUCCCAGCCCCUCCCCGCCCUACCUACACAAACCUAAGCACCUACAUAAUGACACACUCAAACCAUCCAUGGACUCCCAAGUGACCCGAAUUCCUCCUCCCUUGACCUCCCAUCACGAAAAGUCUGCAUGCAUUGAAACUCAGUCAAGCAGGAAGCUUCAAGCCCACCAGAACGGUAUUGUAGCUCCUCCCCUGAAAAAGGAGAUCAGUCCGGUGCAAAAUGGGCGGAAUCGGCCCUGGGAGAAGUUCACACCCGAGGCCUUCGCUCAGCGCUUCCACCAAGCUGUGCUGCAGUCCACAAACAGCACGCUGCAGAACAAAGGCGUCUCAAAUAAUGCCCCUGAGGCUGGUGGGAAGUCUGAUCACUUGCUGCCUCACAAUAUAUCUCAGAUGAAAACUGCAAAUCUCAGCCAUACACCUCAGCUUGCACACAUCAACGGCCACCACUUCCAUUCCCCUGCAGCCAUUCGGGAUCCUCCAGCUCUACAGGACCAUCUUUCUGAUGAGGAUGAGGAGUCAGGUCAGGAGGACGAGGAGGAAGAGACUGAUGAAUCUCCAAGGAAGUGGCAGGGGAUUGAAGCUAUUUUUGAGGCCUAUCAGGAAUAUGUGGAUGAAUGGAGCAUAGAGCGGCAGGUUCUCCACAGCCAGUGUAAAAGACUUGAAGCUCAGAACUAUAAUCUAACCAGAACAGCAGAGCAGCUUUCUCUCACUAUGGGGGAGCUGGUGAGUCAGAGGCAGAAAGUGAGAGAGGAGCGGGACAGACUACAGGCCCAGCUCGAGCACUUCAGGAGGUGUUUGACACUACCUAACAUUCACUGGGGAAGGAGCCAAGUCAACGGGCACAUGCCGAGGUGACCUCCGAGUUACACUAAGAGUUACACCUCUGACACUGAAGGAACAGUAACAAGAGCGAAUCAGACUGGACUCAGGCCACUCACCACACAUGAAGCACUUGAAGGAGCCAGCUGCUUUCUUGUUUCUGGCCAGUCGGUCAUGUCACCUAAUUGUUGCCAGAUAGUUUAUUACCUGUUAUUCUGGCCGCAGUAACCAUAAUCCAUGGUGUCCAGAGAGUGCGACUGCCCGUGAAACAGCAUUCAUAACUCCAACUACCUGAGUUGGCUUUAAGGACUGUCCAUCAUUUGGCUCAUAUCAUAACAAUUCAUGCUAACAGCAUCCACAUCGAUGAGUUGUAUCACCAAGCACACAUCUGUAGCCUCUGGACAGCAGUGAGAGGUGUCCAGCUGUGCAGUGAGGUUUGAGUUAAAGAAUCAAUGCACACCUCAGGCCUUAAACUUGACAGGAUGCACUUGAAAUGGAGUUGGAGGAAAUACUUGACAGUCCUCUGCUUGGUAUAAUGUGUCUGGCGCAAUAUAUGUGCUGGUUAAAUGAUCUAUAGAGUACAGGAAGCAUCCAGAGUAUAUUUAAUGUCAAAUGGUUUCAGUUCAACUCUUUUUAGGUUAAAAUUUUUUACUGGUAAUGUCACUUGUGAUAGAUGAAGAGUUUUGUAUGUUUUACUGCUUUAACCAUUAUAUGUGGAAAGCCAUAUGCUUUUUUUGGGAGGGAAAUUGCUGCUGGUCAGAAUAAAAAUGUUUAGAAAAUUAAGGACGGUAGGACAGUUGUAUAAAAAAAAAAUGUCAUGUGAUGUCAAAAUGUUUAAGAUUUGAAAGAUGCACCAAGAGAUGCACAGGAAAUUUACAAAUAUAAGCCACUGUCAUUGCUCAGAUGAUUUACCCAGGAGUAUGUGUCCUAAGCCAUACCAUGUGACCAUAA